CUUCUUUUAUAACUGCCUUCUACAGCACGGGUCCUAUUAUAUAUGACUCCUAUGAAUACCUCAUAUUAAUCUUAGCUUCCUUCUGCCAUUAUUCUCUUCUUCCUCCAAUAUUUCAAUCCGAAGAGGCCUCGAAUUCAAGUCUUUAUGGUGCUGUAGCCAUGGAUGAAUCUCUCUACUUGCCUCCUGGUUUCAGAUUCCACCCAACAGAUGAAGAGAUCAUAACCCACUACCUCUUGGAGAAAAUCAAAGAUCAGAACUUCAGCCCAAUCGCCAUCUCUGAAGCAAACUUCAAUGAUUGUGAGCCAUGGGAUCUUCCAAGUAAGGCGAAGAUGGGAGAGAAAGAAUGGUUCUUUUUCUGCCAAAAGGAUAGGAAAUAUCCUACAGGAAUGAGAACAAACCGUGCUACGGAGUCUGGAUAUUGGAAAGCCACUGGAAAAGACAAGGAAAUAUAUAAGGGGAAGGGAGUUAUUGUUGGGAUGAAGAAGACUCUAGUUUUCUACAUGGGGAGAGCUCCGAGAGGGCAGAAGAGUAAUUGGGUGAUGCAUGAGUAUAGGCUUGAAGGCAAACACCAAGAGCAUGUUCACCUCUAUAAAUCUCGACAGCUGGAGUCGCGCAAAGUCUUCUGUCAUGAUCCUUCUCCUGUUACGUUGAACCACUUUUUGCGCUUAAUUCCUUCACUUACGAUCCUUUCGCAAUCCUUUUCCUGUCGUGAUCCAAGGCCUCAGCCUGUUUUUGCGGAAAUUGUCGAGCGAAUCGCCCCGCAAGAUUCUUCUUUCUCAAGAUCCUGGUCGCUGAAGUCGCUGUCGUCGCUGACAGAGGUCCCUCCGGCCUGUCACGAAACUCUUCAAAGCCCUAGUUACGAACUCACAAACUUCGCCAAAGCCAAACUCCAAACUUUACUUUUCCUUCGACCUUGCGUCAUUCGCUCGAAUUCCAAAUCUCCUUCUUCGAAGUCAUCCAGAGUCGCCGAACUCCAAACAUUCUGA